GUCACAAGACUCGCAACCACCUCUAAAUCUCGGGUCAAGGUUACAUCCGACGGCUCCCGUUACUCGACCCGAUUACCCGACCCGAUUUACUCCCUUUCUUUUUUCCCUCCUCAGUUCCCUGACUUACGUCACUACCCGGCAGUUCGAUCCGACCCAACUCCGAUUUCGUCGUUCAGGAUCCGUUUCUCCUCCAGUAGUAUUACUCCGGCGAUGGAUUUCACCCCGGCGACUGCGGCGAACGGGUAUGGCUCGCCGCGUGAGCCGCAUUUCCCUUCGAGCUUCACGAAGUUCAACUCCGCCUUGACGGCGGGGCUUCUGAACCCUAUGUCUCCGCCGCCUCCGCCGCUGCUCGACAAGACGCGAUCCAGUCCGACGCUCUUCGAGAUGAUGGCCAGCGAGCCUGAUUCACUAGCGAGGACGCCGGUUCAGAUCCGGAACGGCGUUUUGCCUUCACCGUCAUCGUCGUCGUCUGGUGCGAAGACGGCGAAUCACCUCGUUGUCUCAGCUCAGGACAAGCAGGCGCUCGCAAUGCAGAAGAUUUCGGAUCUCCUGGCGAGUCGGAGCCCCGGAAACCAGUUCAACGACCCUACGUCAAGUGACGUCAAGCUGACGCUGAGCUCUAAGGACGGGAUUAGCAUCACCAUGAGCGUACACAGGCAGAUUCUUGUCGCUCACAGUCGGUUUUUUGCGAUGAAGUUGUCGGAUCGGUGGUCGAAGCAGCAGCGACCGCCGUCGUCUUCCCCGUAUAUUGUCGAGAUCUCGGAUUGUGACGACGUUGAGGUAUAUAUAGAAACGUUGAUGUUGAUGUACUGCAGGGAUCUGAGGAAGAAGCUGAUGAGACAAGACGUUCUUAGGGUUCUCGGCAUUUUGAAGGUUUCAGCUGCAAUUGGGUUUGAUGCUGGGGUACUGUCAUGUCUUGAGUACUUGGAAGCAGCACCAUGGUCUGAGGACGAAGAAGAAAAAAUCGCUUCGCUGUUGUCUGAGCUACACCUUGAAAACGUAGGGGCAACAGAAGUUCUAAGAAGGGUUUCUGCAGAAGCAUGCCAGGGGAACAACCGAAGUAACAGUAGCAACGACGAGGUGCUUCUAAAGCUUCUGCACGUUGUUCUUGAAGGCAAAGAUGAGAAAGCGAGGCGUGACAUGAAAACCCUUGUUUCAAAAAUGCUCCACGAGAAUUCAUCUGGGAAUGAUCUUAGCAAGGAGUCUUUGUAUCUGGCUUGUGAUGGGUGUUUACAAAUGCUUAAGCAUCAUUUUCUCCAGGCGGCAGCGUCGGAUAUGGAAAACGUAGACCAGAUUGGGAGACAAGCUGAUAAUCUGCAUUGGGUUUUGGACAUUCUGAUAGACAGACAAAUAGCUGAGGAUUUUCUGAUAACAUGGGCAUCUCUCUCCGAGUUAUCUGAGAUGCAUCCUAAGGUCCCGGCUGUUCACAGGUACGAGAUCAGCAGAGUGACCGCUAGGCUCUUUGUCGGAAUCGGGAAGGGACAAAUUCUGGCGCCAAAGGAAGUGAGGUGUCUGCUUUUGAGGAACUGGCUGACACCAUUCUACAACGAUUUCGGAUGGAUGAGGAGAGCAUCCAAAGGGCUUGAUCGGUAUCUAAUAGAGGAAGGAUUGAGCAAUACCAUCCUCACACUACCUCUAGCUUGGCAACAAGAGUUCUUCUUAGCUUGGUUUGAUAGGUUCUUGAACUCAAGUGAAGAUUGCCCGAAUCUCCAGAGAGGAUUUGAGGUCUGGUGGAGGCGGUCUUUCUGGAGACGGAAAAAUCAGAGGGAAGAAGAGCCUGCUCGUCUAAGAAUCACAGCUAAGGGAAAAAUUAUUAUUUUAUUUUAUUAA